AUGGUAUCUGCAACUACCAGAAUAUACCUGAUUGCCCUUCAUACGUCCUUGGCUGGGAUGCUGUGGGGGUUGGAUACAGGUUCCAUUGGUCCUAUUACCCAGAUGGACCAGUUCUCUAGCUCUAUCGGCCAUCUCUCCUCAGGCGUCCUCGGGAUUUAUGUCGCGUGUAUCCUUCUCUCCGCUUCCUUGUCUUCGCUAUGCAGCGGUUAUAUAGCUGACUUGCUAUCUCGCAAGUAUGGGAUCCUGACUGGAGGCAUUGUAGUCCUUCUGGGAACGAUCAUUUCCGCCUCUGCGAAAUCUUUCCCUGUUCUCAUAUGCGCACGGCUGAUAACGGGAAUCGGUCAGGGUCAGAGUAUCUCCGUCGUUACUAUUUACCUCUGCGAGAUCUCUCCACGAGAGAUUAGAGGAACAGUUGCGACGGUGUUACAGUUGCUUAUCACUAUCGGGAUCGCUUCGGGGUAUUUUGUUGCGUAUGCGUCUUCCAGAAUUAGGGGUGAGUUGGCUUGGAGGACACCCUUUAUUGUGGAAGCGAGUGUGGCUGUAGUUUUGGUCUCUGGAAUGGCUUUUAUGCCGUACUCUCCGCGAUGGCUCGUCCAGAGGGGGAGGAUAGAUGAAGCUCGUGCGGUUCUUCAGAAGCUCCGUUCUAGCAGCGAAUUCGUAGAAGACGAGCUGCGUCUUAUUCAAGGCAGCCUCGAGGAACAGAACCGGGAAGAUGCUUCUUAUCGUGAGAUAUUUCAGAAACGAUACAUCAAACGGAGCGUUCUAAGCGUGUUUCUGAUGUCUUUUGAGAUGUUGUGUGGGAUCGAUGCGGUCCUUUAUUACGCUCCGAUCCUGUUCACUCAAGCUGGGUUUACAUCAAAUCGAGCAGCAUUCCUUGCGUCUGGUGUUUCCGGAAUAAUCAACUUGAUAUUUACGAUACCUGCUCAACUGUGGGUUGACAAGUGGGGGCGAAGAUUUCCUUUGAUCGGUGGCGGUAUCUCUAUUGCUGCUUGUUUCAUGACCAUCGGUACUUUGUACGUGAUCUAUGGCGGAAAAGCCGAAGGACAGGUGUAUUUGAGCGGCAAAGGACCGCAAUGGGCUGUGAUCAUACUCAUAUACAUGUUUGUGGCGAGUUUCUCAUGGUCAUGGGCUGUGGUCAUUAAAAUAUACGCAUGCGAAAUAAUACCCACGCGGCUUCGUGCAAAAGCAUGUGCUGUCCAGCAGCUCAGCAAUUGGCUGGUGAAUUUCGCUGUCGCGCUUACUGCGCCGCUUUUUCUACGGGCUUCUCCAAGCGGUCCAUAUUUCUUCUUUGGAUCAGCCACGCUGUUCACCACUGCCGUCUGCCACUUCUUGAUGCCGGAGACCAAAGGAAAGAGCUUGGAAGAAAUCGAGGAUUUGUUUGAGAUGACACCUCAGGCGGUGGGUCACUCUGUAUCGUUAAUGGCAUGA